AGCAAUGUUCUUUUAGAUGAUGACCUUGUUGCCCAUGUAGGUGAUUUUGGAUUAGCAAGAAUCCUUUUAGCAACUACAGAUGAAAAGGCUGACAUUCAAAGUAGUCUGGCUGGAAUAAGAGGAACACUGGGCUACAUACCUCCAUGGUAGUAAUUGUUUCUGUAGCUUCUUACCUAUAAACAUUCUAGCUUUCAUGAUCAUAAUAGAAGUCUUAAAUUAGCGUCACAAAGCUAUAUCAUUAAAAUAUAUAUAAUUAUAUAUACUAUAAGAGCUAAGUUGUUUAAAACUGCAGAAUAUGGCAUGUGGGAGGAGAUAUCACCAGAAGGUGAUGUGUAUAGCUAUGGAAUUCUCAUACUGGAGAUGUUUACUGAAAAAAGACCAACAGACAGCAUGUUUACUGACAACAUCAGCCUUCACAAUUAUGUUAAAAUGGCCCUUCCCGACCAGCUGAAGAUGAUCAUCGAUCCCUCACUCAUGACCAACCAAACAAGAUUGCGAGAGGGGGACAUUUAUGCAGUGCAGGAGCUUCUGGCAUCAAUCUUUAGAACUGGAGUAAUUUGUUCUUCUGAAAUGCCCCAAGAAAGAAUGAAUAUUAAAGAUGCCCUCAGGGAGCUGCAUUUGAUCAAGGACAGAUUUCUUGCUCAAGGAACAAGGGGGCAAAGAGGAAGCAUGGCUUAAAACUAAACAAGAUUAUAAGGCGAUGUUGCAUAUUUCUUUGCUUAUCUCUGUAUUGUAACUAGUGACUUCAGUUGUUUCAAAAGAAGGUUAGAAGGGGCUGUUGUUUAUUUCUGUCAUCAGUUUAUUGAUAUUAUUUACUUGUUUACCAUUAUUGUUUAAGGAUGGCAAUUUCGCUGAUCCAACGGAAAUCAUCAUUGAUGCAACAGUGGGAAAAAUUUCCUAAGAAAUUUUACGAGAAAAU